GCAUUGCAGGGGGUGGGAUGGGAUAGGUGGUGAUUCCUGGAGAUGCAGGCGCGGACGGUCCAAUACUGCGCUGACACUCCGAAUCUGCUGCACCUCGGUGGAGUGACAUGCAGCAGCCGUCGCAACGCCAUAGCUGUGAUACUGCUGAGUAUCCUCGUUGUUAGCCCUUUUUUGUUUUUUUGGGUAUGCCUUGAGUAGGGGGCCGGGUCGCCAUGGCCAUAAGCUUGGCUCUGCUGCAGUAGUCCAUCCAAGCAUCUCGACGUGAUCAGAGUAUAUCGGAUUCUGUUGAAUGGCAGCACCUCCUUGGCUGAUUCGGCGUCUGGUGAUUCGAGUGCCCCAACUUUCCUGUAGCCUUGGCUAGGGUGGGGCUUGGGUCGCUUUCAUCAUACACCCUGUACUGCUUCUCUUCUUUGUCACACAGCCAGGAGCAAAAGUGCAAGCUGUACCGUGAAUAACCAGCAGGCCGCGCCAGGAUCAGGGCUGGAGGUGAAACUUUCUGCAGCUUCCUCUGACCGGAAGACCCUAGCACUUUUUUAUCAGAAAUUGCUCUAUAGAUGUGCGCGAUUUGGUAACGAAUUCCAUGCAUGGAUUGGAGUCGCCAGCUCUUCUAUCUCCAACCCUUUGUGCAGACUCGUGGUCUACAUGCUCCUCAGUAUCCUCCGGUAUACAUUUCAGUCGUCACAGAUCGUCGCAGCGAGUCCCUGAGUCUGGAGAUCGGAGGAACGAUGUAGUUGACUUCUUGAGGUCAACUGAGGAAGCUCAGCAAGCGUGUGUUUACGCCCAAAUAGUGGCGGAGUCGUCGCGUUCGGAGGCCUACUGUCGUGCUGCAUUAGGAGAUUUCAUAACAGCAAUUGAGCCUUAUUAUUCCGUAGCGAGAGAGUGUGAAAAUUGCUGGCCACCGCUCGCAGCAGUGUGCUGCUAUGAAUGUACAUGCAUUGUUUGUACGUUUCUAUGACAGGCCAACCGAGUGAUCGCGACAGAGAUGCUCAAGGUGCGUCUGAGGUCAAUAGACGACUUGCAGCAUGACAUGGCUUCACUCGUAGCUGGAAUUCUCAUCGUCUCUUACAUUACGAGGUACUUCGGCAAUCGGUCUUGGGAAGCGAAUGAGUACACGAAGAUUGUAGCGCGCGAGUUGUAGCAGAAGUGGUAGCUGCGAGAAGUAGUCAUUUUCUGUAACAGGUUUAGCUGUGCAGAUAAGGGUUUCGGAAUACGUGGAUGUGAAGACACAGUUGACAACAAUGUUGCGAAAGAAGAGUGGCAGGUGCACGGAGCGAGCAGCAGCCAUUUUCGUUUCCACGAUUUAUUGCUUGGCAGCUCUUCCCAGAACCUCCGACUGUCUUGCAGCUACGUUGUCUACUCGUGCGACGGAUCAGACACCGCCAUUCAUUGUCGACAAGCUUCAAUCGAGUCAGCAGAGUGGAACCUUCACACUGGACACCCGAACUGUGAGGCGCGCGCUCUUGCACGUCGAUCUUCACGCUAAUCAAGGCCAUAGCCAUGGCGUACGAGUGGAGAUGCAGAGGAUUGAGUCACCCUGUGGGCUACAAAAGGUUGAAGAUGGUCGUCCUAGGGACCAUCAUAAACUCCGAUGCGCCGUCCAUAGAAGUUCCUUGAGGGCCCGAGAAGUGGGAAAGAAACUCCAUGCUCAUGGCAGCAAAGGGACCAAAGCUGGAGACAACCUUCCUGGUGGCACAAGCGCAGGAGGGUUUACAGCAACAGUAGCGGCAGCAAGGGGGGAGUACUUGGCAACAGUGAGAUUAGGUACCCCCGAGCGUGUCUUUUCCGUCAUUGUCGACACAGGUAGUGACCUAACAUGGGUUCAGUGUUCUCCUUGUGGAACAUGUUACUCGCAGAACGAUUCACUGUUUAUUCCCAACACGUCUACAUCAUUCACCAAGCUUGCUUGCGGCACAGAACUGUGCAACGGCCUCCCGUAUCCCAUGUGCAACCAGACAACAUGCGUCUAUUGGUACUCUUACGGCGAUGGGUCAUUAUCAACCGGAGACUUUGUAUAUGACACCAUCACCAUGGACGGCAUCAAUGGUCAAAAGCAACAGGUACCCAAUUUUGCAUUCGGGUGUGGGCACGACAAUGAGGGGUCAUUUGCAGGAGCGGAUGGAAUCUUGGGCCUGGGCCAAGGUCCUUUGUCAUUUCCUUCGCAGCUCAAAACGGUCUUCAAUGGCAAAUUUUCUUACUGUCUUGUGGAUUGGUUGGCGCCACCAACGCAAACUAGCCCCCUGCUCUUUGGUGAUGCAGCCGUGCCUACUUUUCCAGGCGUAAAAUACAUAUCCCUCCUCACAAAUCCCAAGGUCCCCACAUACUACUAUGUGAAGCUGAACGGGAUUAGUGUGGGUGGAAAGUUGCUCAACAUUUCCUCCACCGCUUUCGAUAUCGACUCAGUCGGCAGGGCAGGAACCAUCUUCGAUUCCGGCACGACGGUGACACAAUUAGCUGGUGAGGUGCAUCAGGAGGUUCUGGCUGCCAUGAACGCCUCCACCAUGGACUAUCCGCGCAAGUCAGACGACUCCUCGGGCCUUGACCUCUGCUUAGGGGGAUUUGCAGAGGGCCAGCUACCGACUGUUCCAUCUAUGACCUUCCACUUCGAAGGGGGCGACAUGGAGUUGCCGCCUUCCAACUACUUCAUCUUCCUUGAAAGCAGCCAGUCCUACUGCUUCUCCAUGGUGUCUUCCCCUGACGUGACCAUCAUCGGAAGUAUCCAGCAACAAAACUUCCAAGUCUACUACGACACAGUCGGUCGCAAGAUAGGCUUUGUCCCCAAGAGCUGCGUUGGUCGGGGGUGAAUCACAUCACUGAUUCUACACAAUUUUUGUUGGACGUAGAUUAUUAAUCUUCUCUAUUGAUUGUUUUAGCUCUACAGUUUCAACCCCAGAUCGACCCCCACUUGGUUCCACUAUCUUAGCUAUAUAUACGGACAACAUAGAGUUGAUCUUCCCGACGUGAAUCGAGCUGUCCUGUCUGGUUAGACAUUAGAGGCUAGACUUGUGCUCAUUCAUGAUCGAAGACUUAAAGAGAAUAAGCUAAGUGACUCGCGGAGUAUACUUGUACAUUUCCAUAUGAGACUAAUUUUUAGCUGUAGCAAGCAGAUUUCUGUGUC